CUUCUAGCUAGCUUGUUGUCUAGUUGUUCCAUUAUAGUAGAGAUCGAUCAGUUACCCAAAGCCUCUUCCAAUGUCUGCCCUAAGUUUGGCCAACAGAGGUAGCAUUGCUACUCAAACUUCCAAUCUAGAUGUUCAAAGAAGGAAAGCAGAUUACAAGCCAAGCAUUUGGAGCUACGAGUAUCUUCAUUCGUUAAGGACUGAUAAUUGUAAUCAUGAAGAACUAUACGAUAUUAAUAAUAGGUGGAAGCCGAUGGAGGAGGUGGUGAAACAUAUGAUUGAUCAGGAUGGUGAUGCGCGGUCAGUAGAGACUACUCUUGAAUUGAUUGAUGACAUCCAACGAUUAGGGUUGGGACACCGAUUCGAGGGCAGUAUAACAGGAGCCCUUGAUAAAAUUAUGAAGAAUCUUGACCAGAUUACAGACAAAGAUACUCCAAGUCUCCACCUCACUGCUCUCAGCUUCCGGCUCCUUCGCCAGCAUGGUUUUACAGUCUCCCUAGAUGUCUUCAAAGUUUUCACGGACUGCGACGGCAGCUUCAAGGAUGGGCUUUGCAAAGAUGUCAAAGGAAUGCUGAGUCUCUACGAAGCUUCAUUCCUUGGUUUUGAAGAAGAAAGCAUCUUAGAUGAGGCCCGUGCAUUCACCAGCAUGACUUUGAAGAACUUGAGCAGGUUGCAAGAUACUCCAGGAAAUGGUGUAUCAGAGAAAGUGAGUCAUGCAUUGGAGAUGCCAUUGCACCACAGAAUGCAAAGAUUAGAAGCUAGACGGUACAUUGAGGCAUACAAUAAAAGUGCAGGUGCAAACCAGGUUCUACUUGAACUUGCCAAGCUAGAUUACAAUGCCGUGCAGCAAGCAUACCAAACAGAUCUUAAGGACAUGUCAAGAUGGUGGAAGGACAUAGGGUUAGCAAAGAAGUUGUCCUUCAGCAGAGACAGAUUGAUGGAGUGCUUCUUUUGGUCAGUUGGUAUAGUGUUUGAACCUCAACUCAGCAAUCUCAGAAAAGGGAUAACUAAAGUCAGUGUUCUAAUCACCAUAAUUGAUGAUGUCUAUGAUGUUUAUGGUACUUUGGCGGAGCUAAAGCUAUUCACAUCUGCUGUUGAAAGAUGGGAUGUGAAUGCUGUGGAAAUUCUCGCAGACUACCAGCUGAAGAUCUGUUUCCUUGCUCUCUAUAACACUGUGAACGAAAUGGCUUAUGAAACUUUGAAGGAGCAAGGAGUGGACGUCCUUCCUUACUUGAAAAAAGCUUGGGCUGAUCUGUGCAAAGCUUUCCUAAAGGAGGCAGAGUGGAGUCACAACAAGUACACACCCACAUUUGAAGAAUAUAUUGCCAAUGCAUGGAUAUCAUCAUCUGCAGCGCUCAUUUUGGUCCACACAUACUUUCUACUGAAUCAAAAUAUCUCAGAUGAAGCACUUGAAUGCUUAGAGAAUCACCACGAUCUCUUGCGUUGGCCUUCUCUUAUUUUGCGGCUCUCAAACGAUUUGGCUACUUCAGAGGCAGAACUAGAGAGAGGUGAAACAGCAACAUCAAUAUCCUGCCUCAAAGGUGGAGGUUGUGUUGGGGAUGUGGAAUCAGCUCGCAAAUAUAUUAGUAAUUUGAUUGAGAAUAGUUGGAAGAAGAUGAACAAAGAUGGACAAUUAUUUGGUGCUAGUAGUACUUCUUCUCCAUUUACAAAGGAAUUUGUAGCAGCAGCAACAAACCUUGCUCGGAUUGCCCAAUGCAUAUACCAAUAUGGAGACGGGAUUGGUGCCCCGGACAAAAUAGUGAAGAACCGGAUCCUAGCAGUGAUUCUACAACCCCUCUAAGGGAAUGAAGCUCUUAUAAUUCCUCUGAGGAAAAAAGUAGAUGCAACCCCGAAUUGGUUGAGAUCGAAAUAGAGAAUCACCUACAUGUUCAGAUAUAUUAUCCAGUGUCCCAUUAAAUUUCAGGUCUUGUCAAAUGAAAUUUGUUAACAUCAAUACAUUAACAGUUCAAAAAAAAAACAUCAAUAAAUUAAAGCUGUGUUCUCAAAUUUGUUUAAUAAUUUUUCUAGAGAAAAAAGGUGAACGCCCCGGCAACAGAUAGCGGAUGCAAACGAGGGCCUUUUCUCUAAGCCCAUUGAAUUUAGAGAGCCCAAAAAUAAGUGUAAGCUCCAGAGUCCAGACAAUUUGUAUCUUCUUCGUGCGGGAUUUUAACUGAUCUGAAAUUAGGUACUCAAUCCAGACAAUUCUGUGUAUGAGUUUUCAUCUUUCUAAUAUCAAAUAAAAUCCAGCACGAAGAUUCCUAAUCAUGUAGUAACAA